AUGAGCUUUAAUCUCGAUGCACUCUUUCAGGAGCCUGAGGACCAGACUCCGGUGUCUGUAAUCGACAGUACUCCAAGGAAGGACGGUGCAGAAUCCGAAUUCGUAGGAGGACUAUGGGCUGUCAGUGAUAUCGACGAGAAUGCUAAAGCGAAGGGAGAUGAAGAGCUUCGUCUGCGAGUCAUGGUUGCAAAGCUGAGCAUGCAAUGCAGCAUGUGGAAGGCGCAGGCUGAAGAACAAGCUAAGAUGCUCGCUGAUCUGGACCGGAAGACCUCCAAGCGUGGCGCUGCUAACCUUUCUGACGACACCGUCCGCCGUAUCAAUCGCUUUGAGAGUGAAGUUGCACACCUGCGAUCUGAAAACAGCCAGCUCAAGGAGACACUCAAAACGAUCGAGUAUGAGAACGUCAAACUCGAGAACCAAAACGACGGAAAGGGCAGAAAGCUAAAGGGCGCGAACAAGAAGGUCAAGACCGCCAAGGAAGUUGCUGGAAAAGAGGAAGAAAAGGCAAAGGGUGCUAUUGGAGACAAGCAGCGUCAUCUUACAUCUGAACACAAGAUGAAGAAGGAGCGAGAUCAGACCCAGGCGGUUCUCCAGGAACAGAAGAAGCUCAACGGAGAUCUACUCGCAAAGCUCGAGGUUGAGCAGUCUGGCGUACCCUUCAUGCGCGAUGUCGCUGCUGAUCCCAACAACACCGUCACCGUCAUCCCAAUCCAGUUUGACAUUCGCCGCACCGAUGUUCAGCCCAUCAUGGAAGAGUUGGGUUGGCACCAGAUGAAUAUCACGAAGAAGUUCAAGGAGUGGUACAAGGAGAACAUGAAGCCCAAGGUGGAGAUGCGUAGGGUUGUUGGUGCCACCUACCCCGAGAACGACAAGAAGAAAGCAAAGAUGUAUGAGGAUAUGGUAGAGAUGCCGGACGGCUAUAUCGAGACUGGGGCUGAGCAUGACGGUUGGCGCUCGAAGCGCUCUGCGGAAGCGGUCUGUCGCCGUGCAGAUGCUCGUCACAACGGCGAGGCUUAG